AUGGGUUCCCGAUUGUUCCUAGAUAUUUCAGAGCAACUAGAGUGGUCUUACCUGACAAGCUCCAAUGUUGUGCUGAAGUAUUUUGAACAAGCUUGUCCUUUGCCUUAUGCUGGAACAAGGCACCUUCUAUUCCCCAUGGGCACCAAGAAUGCGAAAACAUUGAUGAUUCGAGCAAAUGUAAGUUCAGGCUUCAAGAUUGAGCCGAGCGCCCUACCAGCAGAUCUGGAUAAUGCAUACAAGAAUGAGAAAGCAUAUCAGCGAUUGGAUAUUUCUGGCCCUACAGUUAACCCUUUUGUUUUUUCCUGUACGGCGAGGGCGAGAUAA